AUGGCAAAUAAAAGAAUUAAGCUGGACCAGGAGACCUUCACUUGUUGCAUCUGUCUGGAUCUCCUGAGGGAUCCGUUGACUAUUCCCUGUGGACACAACUACUGCAUGAACUGUAUUAAAGACCACUGGAAUAAAGAGGACGAGAAGAAUCUCUACAGCUGCCCUCUGUGUAGGCAGACCUUCACACCAAGGCCUGUCCUGCUGAAGAACACCAUGUUGGCAGUUUUAGUGGAGCAGCUGAAGAAGACUGGACUCCAAGCUGCUCCUGCUGAUCACUGCUAUGCUGGACCUGAAGAUGUGGCCUGUGAUGUCUGCACUGGGAGGAGACUGAAGGCCUUCAAGUCCUGUCUGGUGUGUCUGGUUUCUUACUGUGAGAAACACCUUCAGCCUCAUUAUGAUGCACAUCCAUUCAAGAAACACCAGCUGGUGGACCCCUCCAACAGACUCCAGGAGAACAUCUGCUCUCAUCAUAAUGAGGUGAUGAAGAUCUUCUGUCGUACUGAUCAGCAGUGUAUCUGCUACCUCUGCUUAAUGGAUGAACAUAAAGGCCACGACACCGUCUCAGCUGCAGCAGAAAGGACCGAGAGGCAGAGAGAGCUGGAGGGGAGUCGACUAAACAUCCAGCAGAGAAUCCAGGACAGAGAGAAAGACCUGAAGCUGCUCCAUCAGGAGGUGGAGGCCAUCAACCUCUCUGCUGAUAAAACAGUGGAGGACAGUGAGAAGAUCUUCACUGAGCUGAUCCGUCUCAUGGCGAAAAGAAGCUCUCGUGUGAAGCAGCAGGUCAGAUCCCAGCAGAGAACUGAAGUGAGUCGAGUCAAAGAGCUUCAGGAGAAACUGGAGCAGGAGAUCACUGAGCUGAAGAGGAACGACGCUGAGCUGAAGCUGCUCUCACACACAGAGGAUCUCAACCAGCUUCUACUCAACUACCCCUCACUGUCACCACUUAGUGAGUCUACAGACUCAUCCAGUAUCAUCAUCCGUCCUCUGAGAUACUUUGAGGACGUGACGGCGGCUGUUUCAGGACUCAGAGAUGAACUACAGGACGUCCUGAGAGAGAAGUGGACAAACGUCUCACUGAAGGUGACUGAAGUGGAUGCUUUACUGUCUCAACCAGAGCCCAAGACCAGAGCUGGAUUCUUAAAGUAUUCAUGUGAUGUCACACUGGAUCCCAACACAGCAACCACAUGGCUGUCAUUAUCUGAUGGGAACAGAAAAGCAAAAGUAAUGAGAGAAGAACAGUCUUAUUCUAGUCACCCAGACCGAUUCAGUAGAUGUGAUCAGGUCCUGAGUAGAGAGAGUCUGACUGGACGUUGUUACUGGGAGGUGAAGUGGAGAGGAGGAGGAGUUGAUGUAGCAGUUGCGUACAAGAGUAUCAGCAGAAAAGGGAACGGGGAUGAAUGUGUGUUUGGAUACAAUAACAAAUCUUGGGCAUUAAGAUGUAACAAAAACAGUUGUAACUUUCAUUAUAUCUUUUGGUACAACAAUAUCAACACUCCCGUCUCUGGUCCCCGGUCCUCCAGACUAGGAGUGUACCUGGAUCACAGAGCAGGUAUUCUGUCCUUCUACAGCGUCUCUGGAACCAUGACUCUCCUCCACAGAGUCCAGACCACAUUCACUCAGCCUCUCUAUGCUGGACUUAGGUUUUAUUAUCCUGGAGACACUGCUGAGUUCUGUAAACUCAAAUAGACAAAAGUGAUUUAAGGGACAGCUCG